AUGACAAGUAUGUCGGUUGUCGAAGAAGGAGAAGGAGACGGAGGAGACAUUCUCGCAGUUAUUGACAAACAAUCUACUUCGAGUUGUGAAAAUGAAAUAAAAGGGAAAGAGGUGGCAAGGGGAGAAACCGAGGACAAAUGAGUCAAGAACCCAUCAGAGAAGACUGGAAUAUUUCGAGUAGAAAACGUCCAUUUUGGGAGCGAAUUGAGACUGAAAACAUUCGAAUCGAAAACAGAACAGAUCACCUGAAAAAGUGCAUCCUUCUGAAAGUCAUCGUGACUCAUUUCUAUCUAUUUUUCUCUUAUCAGAAAGCAGAGAGAUCGGUAAAUAAACCACCCGCGAAACUUUCAUCUUCGCCAAAAAAGGCAAAAACUACAAUUUAUUAGGAGGGUUUCAAGGUUUCUCUGCUAUUGGUCACAAUAGCUUGCCACCUCUACAAGGUCGAAUCAUCAUUCAUUUCCGGGGGAGAAACACAAAUAUUUGCUCGUCGAAGAGAAGGAAUCUCUGGAAAUGAUUUGGCCGAGUACUUGUAAUUAGUGACUCAUGCUGACCUUGUUCUUCCACGUGAAUCACCCGAACUCUUUUUCCAUUUCACAUCAUCCUACUUUCUGAUUUCUAUGUCACCGGCCCGUCGCCGCGUUUCAUUUCGAUUCCUUUUUUGUCUCCAGGGCGUCUCAUUCAAAAAAUUGUGCCAGUUCGAAUGAUUCGUGCGCCGACUCAAUGUGUGUUCUUUUUCUCUCUCUUUGUCGCCAACACGCCUCAUUUAUCCACGACGCCUUCCUUCUUUCAUAGCCGGUGAAGGUCGUGCCUUCAUCUCCUUCUUCUGAAAUACGCAACACGGACACACGACAGUCGGAUUACCAUUUCGAUUCGGAACAAGUCAAAGAGAGAAGCCUUCUUCCGUCGGCAGAUCGUUAUCAGCGACGUCUCCUUCUCCUUCUUCUUCUUCCCCACCUUCGGCGCCGUUUUUCUGCAGUCAUUGCCACCCCUUCAAACACUUUUUUUCGUUCGCAGGUGCGCGCGCGCGAGUACGUACCGCGCACAACGACAAAAUGAUAAAUAGACGCUGGUUUUGACAGGAAAAAGUGAAUUUUUUGAUAAAUGGUUGUUCGCAGACACACAACAAACAGAUCAGAUAAGCAGCUAUCUCGCGGGUUAUUCAUGUCGAGGUUGUUUGGCACGGAGGAGACGGUACACGAGUAGAUCGAGUGGUUUAGCAUAAUCCCUAAAUUGGUUCGGCAUUGGGGCGACGACAAAAACGACGCGCGUGAGAGGGAAGACGAUCGGAAUUGGGCUACAAUAUCAACAAGGGUUCUUCUUCUCCCCCUUAAUAAGCUCUUUUCGCUCAGGAAUUUGACCCUGGCCUCUAUUACGGUGGUGUUUGAGAACGGAAAACAACUGGAGAGGGACGAUAACUUCAAUUUUUCAGAAUGCGCCGACAACAUCUAUGUGUACUUGAAUGACACGCAGGCAGAUAGGUCCCCGUACAUAUUCGUGGAGAUCAAGACGGAGACCAUCCAUGAUUGCAUAAACGCGUGCUUCGGAAAUCAGUUCUGCUACUCGCUGCGAUACGAUCAAUCGAAGGCUGACUCCUGCUCUCUCUUCUACUUUGCCGCCUACAACUGCACUGGCCAGAAGCUCGUUCCAGCCAAAAGUGUGGUCUAUAACGGAAAAGCAGUUACUAUUGACUGUCUGAGAUGCCCUUCGAACGGAGACUUUGGUAAGUUCUUGAAGAGGAAGAGGGAUGAGUCAUUUGAUGUCUGUUGCUUUGUCAUCAAGUGGUGACAGUCCCUUUCGAAACUGUCACUUCUUGUGUGUUCGUAUUUGAAUGCCAUUCUUUAUGAAGCGUCCAUAAAAAGUGAUACGAGGCUGAAGAGCGUGACGAAUUAGAAUGGAAACAACAAAAACAGAGACGACAAUUACAGUGACAGCGCCGCCGUUCAGCAGCUUCACAGAGCAGACGAUCACGGCAGUCGGACAGAGCGGAGAGAAGCUCGUUGAGAAGCCGUUGGUGGAGGAAAUCACGCAUAACAUCGACUCGAAACUGGGUAAAAAACACGGAAGAGGAGAGGAAUUCUUCAAAUUCUUUCUCUUCAGAAUCGACAACGCCAAGUGGACACUCGACGGCAAUUGUUGACCUUCACGUUCAAGACACCACCACAACUGCCGGUGAGUGAAUUUUGAGACGACGAGAGCUUUGUCUGAGAGAGGAAUCCGCACAAUUAAGCUGUCAAUCAGAGUACAAUGACACGUACAAUAUGUACUUGUCAAAGGACACCUUCUCUCUCAAAGGACUGUCUCUUUUCUUCGUGUUUGCAUGGCUUUCUUUUGUCCACAGAAUCGUCAUCGUCGUCUUCGUCGUCCGUUUGGUCGGGAACUGUUGAUCAACGAGUCUGUAACACACAUCUCCGCUUCUUGGUCACCAGCACGAUUGACUGGGAAACGGUCGAUCUGCUGAUUAACCAAACGUCCGUCGGAUCCGCCGAAGAGUGCGCCCAACUCUGCUACUCUUAUCAGUGUGGAGUACGUCUUCAGAAGGGGUUGACAGAGAUGAGAUGAGAAUGCAUUUUAGUUCGCACUGUACAAGCCAGACACAGGAAGCUGCUUGUACACGGUAGCAACCGAGGAUUUGGUAGACAACGAUCACUGUGAAGAGAAAAGGAGAAGCUGGUGAAUGCAGUCGGAAAGACGGACGUUCCAGUGCAGAUUACUUGCCCGUACUGUAUGGAACAAGGUGUGCACUUACUCUAAUUCACGAAUGAAAGCACUUCACGCAGAGUUCUGAUCACUUCACUUUCACUGUUAACUCACUCAAACCUAUUGAAUUCGCUUGAAUCGUUGAUUCAGGUCCGUCGAAAACGACGACUCCACUCUCGGAACCAUUGGCUUCAACUGAAACGGCUCCAGUUCAGACCGCCCAAGAAGACCGCAAAGGUAACUACUAUCCAGGUGAAUCCGCUUUUCGCUUUAUAGUUUGAUUUCAGUUUCCGACUGUUUAGGAGCUAGACUAUAGGGCUGAUGGUCAUCACUUCUAGAGUUGUCUGAGAUGAAUGAUUUGAAUUUAUUGUUCCGCAUGCACUCUGUUCUCUCAUUUCGUAGUUCUAUGUUCGGUUGCAGCAUGCUAUAUUAAUUUCCAAGUGGAGGACAUCUCGAAGCAACCAAACUUUGACCAUUAUACCGUAAAACCGGUCAAGAGGUAAGACGGACUUUGUUCGAGUCUCUUGGUUUCCUCAGUUUGCCAUUCCACCACUUUUCAGCGCGAAUGCUUGUGCGCGUUUCUGUUUCGUCGGUCUGUGCACGGUGGCUGUGUACUCGCCGGCGUCGGGUGAAUGCCGCUUGGGAAGAGAUAGGACGGAAAAGUGCACGGACGCGGAUAACAAGUUCUCGUACUCGGGAACUGAGGAUGUGGUGCUGCAGUGCUUCCGUUGCAGUUAGUGCUUUGGUUCAAGUUUCAGUUCAUUCAGAACUUUUGUUCUUGCUUUUUAAUACGCCCUUCUACACUGCUUUCUUUAAGGUUCGCGAAAGCUUCCGCCUGUUGCUAAGACAACUGUCGCUUUCCAAGAAGAAGGACAAGUGACCACGCAAGCAACCGCGGAUGAGACAACUACGACGGCUACUUCUGAAGCGGCCACUGUCUCCGAAGAGACUACGGCCAGCGAAACGACCACGGAAGCUUCAGCUUCGACAGAAGAGGCAACGACUGCUGCAACAACGGCAGCUGUUGAAUCUGCCACACUGGCAGAGUCCAAUGACGUAGAGCCAGCAGUGGCCACGAAAGUGGAACUGGCGAAGGAUAAGGAAGGCGUCAAGACGACACAGAGAAAGCGUGAGUGCAUGGCAACCUAGACAGUUAUUGCAUGAUUGCAUCGUGUGAAACAAUCGGAAACACAAUGAAAAGUUAAUUUUUUAGACUGUGUCAUCAAAUUCCAAGCAAGGCCGUUGAAGGAGAGACCUGAGAACCUUCAGGCGAAGUUCGAACUGAAUGUGCCCGUUGACUCGAUUGAACUCUGUGCAACAAGAUGUUACCAGGUUUGAAAUUUCAGAAGUGGCGAUUUUCAGUAUAUGUUUCAAUAGGACGGAUGCUCCGGUGCUCGAUUCGAUCCAGCUGACAAGUCUUGCACACUUUCCUACGACGAUCCGCAGUUCUGCGCCCGCGGAAACGUUUUCCUUCACUACGAAGCGAAGGAAGCGACCUGGCUUCAUUGCGUUAACUGCUGUGAGUACACGACUUCAAUUUCACAAAUAUUGUGGCGCUUUCAGAUACCGUCAAACAGAGUGAUAUCGAUGAGGCCCGUACUGGAACUACCGCUGCCCCAGCUGAAACAACCACUGCUUUCUCAGCGACAACUCAAUCUGAAGACGUCUCUACUACCGAAGCGUCUGCAGCUACUGUAGAGACUUCUGAAACCACUCCCGAAACAUCCGACGUCACCUCAACUAUCGCAACCUCCACAAUCAAACCGACCGAUUUGAACGCAAACGAGGCAGAUUUCCAGAGAGGCUGUCUCAUAAAGUUCCAGGCGAGACCUCUAACAGAGAGACCGAAAGAGUUCUCUGCCAAAUUUGAAAUAGAAAUCAAGGUGGAAUCUAUCGAAAUGUGUGCAACCCGCUGCUAUCAAGAUGGAUGCUCCGGAGCCCGAUUUGAUCCGGUUUGGAGCACGUGCAGUCUUUCGUACGACGAGAAACACUUCUGUGCACGAGGAGACGUCUUCUUACAGUACAUGGCCAAAGAAGUCACAUGGAUUCAUUGCGUUAACUGCUGUAAAUAGAACAUUGAAAGAAACAUUCUUAAAAUAACAUUUCAGAUGCUAUCAAACCAACGACCAAGGCGGACGUGCCGAAAGUUCCAGUCCAUGUAGGGGAAGGAAGUGAAGCAACAACAACAACAGAGUCAUCUGUGACCAACCCGUGGGGUGAAACGGAAGCAACAUUGACAGGAGCUGAAGAGAAGCCGACGACAACAACGACUGAUCCAGAAACCACGACGGCCAUAAAAACAAUUGGACAAGAAGGGGACGAUGACAGCCUUCUCAAAGGUUGCAUAGUGCACUUCCAGGCGCAAUCGAUCGAAGAGAGAAGCGCCGAAUUCACAGCUCCUUUCGAACUGAACCUCAAAGUUCCAACAUCCGAAAUCUGCGCUCAUCGCUGUUAUCAAGUAAUUAUCGGUUUUUAUUAUUAUUUUGAAUUACCUGAAUAUCAGGACGGAUGCACUGCUGCCAGAUACGAUCCAACUACACAACAAUGCUCUUUGGCGUAUGAAGAUAAGCCUUUCUGUGGGAACGGAAGACUGGUGAAUGUGGAAAGAUCAGGCAAAACAGUUUGGAUCCAUUGUCUUUCGUGUGGUAAGAACCAGAGACACAGUAUGAACAACUUGAAUAGUGACAUAUGAUUGUAGUGCCGUUGAAAAGUGCCAAAAUUGCUGAGAACAACGAUGAAGAAGUGACGACUGCCGCCGUAAGCGAGGCUUCUGGAGAAGAGGCAACCACCGCCGCUGUGACUGAGGGAUCCGGAGAGGACUCCGCAGUUUCUUCCACUGCUGUUCCAUCUGAAGCAUCUCAUGACGAUAAGGUUACCGAGGCUUCAGGAGAGGAGACCACAACCGCUGCCGUCACUGAAGCAUCCGGAGAAGAGGCAACCACUGCCGCUGUGACUGAGGCUUCCGGAGAAGAGGCUACCACUGCCGCCGUCACUGAAGCAUCCGGAGAAGAGGCUACCACCGCUGCCGUCACUGAAGCAUCUGGAGAAGAGGCUACCACUGCCGCCGUCACUGAGGCUUCCGGAGAAGAGGCAACCACUGCCGCUGUGACUGAGGCUUCCGGAGAAGAGGCUACCACUGCCGCCGUCACAGAAGCAUCCGGAGAAGAGGCUACCACCGCCGCCGUCACUGAAGCAUCUGGAGAAGAGGCUACCACUGCCGCCGUCACUGAGGCUUCCGGAGAAGAGGCAACCACUGCCGCUGUGACUGAGGCUUCCGGAGAAGAGGCUACCACUGCCGCCGUCACAGAAGCAUCCGGAGAAGAGGCUACCACCGCCGCCGUCACUGAAGCAUCUGGAGAAGAGGCUACCACUGCCGCCGUCACUGAGGCUUCCGGAGAAGAGGCAACCACUGCCGCUGUGACUGAGGCUUCCGGAGAAGAGGCUACCACUGCCGCCGUCACUGAGGCUUCCGGAGAAGAGGCCGCUGUUUCUUCCACUGCUGUCCCAUCUGAAGCAUCUCAUGACGAUAAGGUUACCGAGGCUUCAGGAGAGGAGACCACAACCGCUGCCGUCACUGAAGCAUCCGGAGAAGAGGCAACCACUGCCGCUGUGACUGAGGCUUCCGGAGAAGAGGCUACCACUGCCGCCGUCACAGAAGCAUCCGGAGAAGAGGCAACCACUGCCGCUGUGACUGAGGCUUCCGGAGAAGAGGCUACCACCGCCGCCGUCACUGAAGCAUCUGGAAAAGAGGCUACCACUGCCGCCGUCACUGAGGCUUCCGGAGAAGAGGCCGCUGUUUCUUCCACUGCUGUCCCAUCUGAAGCAUCUCAUGACGAUAAGGUUACCGAGGCUUCAGGAGAGGAGACCACAACCGCUGCCGUCACUGAAGCAUCCGGAGAAGAGGCAACCACUGCCGCUGUGACUGAGGCUUCCGGAGAAGAGGCUACCACCGCCGCCGUCACUGAAGCAUCUGGAAAAGAGGCUACCACUGCCGCCGUCACUGAGGCUUCCGGAGAAGAGGCCGCUGUUUCUUCCACUGCUGUCCCAUCUGAAGCAUCUCAUGACGAUAAGGUUACCGAGGCUUCAGGAGAGGAGACCACAACCGCUGCCGUCACUGAAGCAUCCGGACAAGAGGCAACCACUGCCGCUGUGACUGAGGCUUCCGGAGAAGAGGCUACCACCGCCGCCGUCACUGAGGCUUCCGGAGAAGAGGCUGCUGUUUCUUCCACUGCUGUCCCAUCUGAAGCAUCUCAUGACGAUAAGGUUACCGAGGCUUCAGGAGAGGAGACCACAACCGCUGCCGUCACUGAAGCAUCCGGAGAAGAGGCAACCACUGCCGCUGUGACUGAGGCUUCCGGAGAAGAGGCUACCACCGCCGCCGUCACUGAAGCAUCUGGAAAAGAGGCUACCACUGCCGCCGUCACUGAGGCUUCCGGAGAAGAGGCCGCUGUUUCUUCCACUGCUGUCCCAUCUGAAGCAUCUCAUGACGAUAAGGUUACCGAGGCUUCAGGAGAGGAGACCACAACCGCUGCCGUCACUGAAGCAUCCGGACAAGAGGCAACCACUGCCGCUGUGACUGAGGCUUCCGGAGAAGAGGCUACCACCGCCGCCGUCACUGAGGCUUCCGGAGAAGAGGCUGCUGUUUCUUCCACUGCUGUCCCAUCUGAAGCAUCUCAUGACGAUAAGGUUACCGAGGCUUCAGGAGAGGAAACCACAACCGCUGCCGUCACUGAAGCAUCCGGAGAAGAGGCAACCACUGCCGCUGUGACUGAGGCUUCCGGAGAAGAGGCUACCACUGCCGCCGUCACAGAAGCAUCCGGAGAAGAGGCUACCACUGCCGCCGUCACUGAAGCAUCCGGAGAAGAGGCAACCACUGCCGCUGUGACUGAGGCUUCCGGAGAAGAGGCUACCACCGCCGCCGUCACUGAAGCAUCUGGAGAAGAGGCUACCACUGCCGCCGUCACUGAGGCUUCCGGAGAAGAGACUACCACCGCCGCCGUCAAUGAGGCUUCCGUAGAAGAGGCUACCACCGCCGCCGUCACUGAAGCAUCUGGAAAAGAGGCUACCACUGCCGCCGUCACAGAAGCAUCCGGAGAAGAGGCAACCACUGCCGCUGUGACUGAGGCUUCCGGAGAAGAGGCUACCACUGCCGCCGUCACAGAAGCAUCCGGAGAAGAGGCUACCACUGCCGCCGUCACUGAGGCUUCCGGAGAAGAGGCUACCACUGCCGCUGUGACUGAGGCUUCCGGAGAAGAGGCAACCACUGCCGCUGUGACUGAGGCUUCCGGAGAAGAGGCAACCACUGCCGCUGUGACUGAGGCUUCCGGAGAAGAGGCUACCACCGCCGCCGUCACUGAAGCAUCUGGAGAAGAGGCUACCACUGCCGCCGUCACUGAGGCUUCCGGAGAAGAGGCUACCACUGCCGCCGUCACUGAGGCUUCCGGAGAAGAGGCUACCACUGCCGCCGUCACUGAGGCUUCCGGAGAAGAGGCUACCACUGCCGCUGUGACUGAGGCUUCCGGAGAAGAGGCUACCACUGCCGCCGUCACUGAAGCAUCUGGAGAAGAGGCAACCACUGCCGCCGUCACUGAGGCUUCCGGAGAAGAGGCUACCACUGCCGCCGUCACUGAGGCUUCCGGAGAAGAGGCCGCUGUUUCUUCCACUGCUGUCCCAUCUGAAGCAUCUCAUGACGAUAAGGUUACCGAGGCUUCCGGAGAAGAGGCAACCACUGCCGCUGUGACUGAGGCUUCCGGAGAAGAGGCAACCACUGCCGCCGUCACUGAAGCAUCUGGAGAAGAGGCUACCACUGCCGCCGUCACUGAGGCUUCCGGAGAAGAGGCCGCUGUUUCUUCCACUGCUGUCCCAUCUGAAGCAUCUCAUGACGAUAAGGUUACCGAGGCUUCCGGAGAAGAGGCUACCACUGCCGCCGUCACUGAGGCUUCCGGAGAAGAUGCAACCACUGCCGCUGUGACUGAGGCUUCCGGAGAAGAGGCUACCACUGCCGCCGUCACUGAAGCAUCUGGAGAAGAGGCCGCUUUUUCUUCCACUGCUGUCCCAUCUGAAGCAUCGCAAGACGCUAAGGUUACCGAGGCUUCAGGAGAGGAGACCACAACCGCCGCCGUCACUGAAGCAUCCGGAGAAGAGGCUACCACUGCCGCUGUGACUGAGGCUUCCGGAGAGGAGACUACGCCUUCCGCUGUGACUGAGGGAUCCGGAGAAAGAGGCCGCUGUUUCUUCCACUGCUGUCCCAUCUGAAGCAUCGCAAGACGCUAAGGUUACCGAGGCUUCAGGAGAGGAGACCACAACCGCCGCCGUCACUGAAGCAUCCGGAGAAGAGGCUACCACCGCUGCCGUCACUGAAGCAUCCGGAGAAGAGGCUACCACCGCUGCCGUCACUGAAGCAUCCGGAGAAGAGGCUACCACCGCUGCCGUCACUGAAGCAUCCGGAGAAGAGGCAACCACUGCCGCUGUGACUGAGGCUUCCGGAGAAGAGGCCGCUGUUUCUUCCACUGCUGUCCCAUCUGAAGCAUCGCAAGACGCUAAGGUUACCGAGGCUUCAGGAGAGGAGACCACAACCGCCGCCGUCACUGAAGCAUCCGGAGAAGAGGCAACCACUGCCGCUGUGACUGAGGCUUCCGGAGAGGAGACUACGCCUUCCGCUGUGACUGAGGGAUCCGGAGAAGAGGCCGCUGUUUCUUCCACUGCUGUCCCAUCUGAAGCAUCGCAAGACGCUAAGGUUACCGAGGCUUCAGGAGAGGAGACCACAACCGCCGCCGUCACUGAAGCAUCCGGAGAAGAGGCAACCACUGCCGCUGUGACUGAGGCUUCCGGAGAAGAGACUACGCCUUCCGCUGUGACUGAGGGAUCCGGAGAAGAGGCCGCUGUUUCUUCCACUGCUGUCCCAUCUGAAGCAUCGCAAGACGCUAAGGUUACCGAGGCUUCAGGAGAGGAGACCACAACCGCCGCCGUCACUGAAGCAUCCGGAGAAGAGGCAACCACUGCCGCUGUGACUGAGGCUUCCGGAGAGGAGACUACGCCUUCCGCUGUGACUGAGGGAUCCGGAGAAGAGGCCGCUGUUUCUUCCACUGCUGUCCCAUCUGAAGCAUCGCAAGACGCUAAGGUUACCGAGGCUUCAGGAGAGGAGACCACAACCGCCGCCGUCACUGAAGCAUCCGGAGAAGAGGCAACCACUGCCGCUGUGACUGAGGCUUCCGGAGAGGAGACUACGCCUUCCGCUGUGACUGAGGGAUCCGGAGAAGAGGCCGCUGUUUCUUCCACUGCUGUCCCAUCUGAAGCAUCGCAAGACGCUAAGGUUACCGAGGCUUCAGGAGAGGAGACCACAACCGCCGCCGUCACUGAAGCAUCCGGAGAAGAGGCAACCACUGCCGCUGUGACUGAGGCUUCCGGAGAGAGACUACGCCUUCCGCUGUGACUGAGGGAUCCGGAGAAGAGGCCGCUGUUUCUUCCACUGCUGUCCCAUCUGAAGCAUCGCAAGACGCUAAGGUUACCGAGGCUUCAGGAGAGGAGACCACAACCGCCGCCGUCACUGAAGCAUCCGGAGAAGAGGCAACCACUGCCGCUGUGACUGAGGCUUCCGGAGAGAGACUACGCCUUCCGCUGUGACUGAGGGAUCCGGAGAAGAGGCCGCUGUUUCUUCCACUGCUGUCCCAUCUGAAGCAUCGCAAGACGCUAAGGUUACCGAGGCUUCAGGAGAGGAGACCACAACCGCCGCCGUCACUGAAGCAUCCGGAGAAGAGGCUACCACCGCUGCCGUCACUGAAGCAUCCGGAGAAGAGGCAACCACUGCCGCUGUGACUGAGGCUUCCGGAGAGGAGACUACGCCUUCCGCUGUGACUGAGGGAUCCGGAGAAGAGGCCGCUGUUUCUUCCACUGCUGUCCCAUCUGAAGCAUCGCAAGACGCUAAGAUUACCGAGGCUUCAGGAGAGGAGACCACAACCGCCGCCGUCACUGAAGCAUCCGGAGAAGAGGCAACCACUGCCGCUGUGACUGAGGCUUCCGGAGAGGAGACUACGCCUUCCGCUGUGACUGAGGGAUCCGGAGAAGAGGCCGCUGUUUCUUCCACUGCUGUCCCAUCUGAAGCAUCGCAAGACGCUAAGAUUACCGAGGCUUCAGGAGAGGAGACCACAACCGCCGCCGUCACUGAAGCAUCCGGAGAAGAGGCAACCACUGCCGCUGUGACUGAGGCUUCCGGAGAGGAGACUACGCCUUCCGCUGUGACUGAGGGAUCCGGAGAAGAGGCCGCUGUUUCUUCCACUGCUGUCCCAUCUGAAGCAUCGCAAGACGCUAAGAUUACCGAGGCUUCAGGAGAGGAGACCACAACCGCCGCCGUCACUGAAGCAUCCGGAGAAGAGGCUACCACCGCUGCCGUCACUGAAGCAUCCGGAGAAGAGGCAACCACUGCCGCUGUGACUGUGGCUUCCGGAGAGGAGGCCGCUGUUUCUUCCACUGCUGUCCCAUCUGAAGCAUCGCAAGACGCUAAGAUUACCGAGGCUUCAGGAGAGGAGACCACAACCGCCGCCGUCACUGAAGCAUCCGGAGAAGAGGCUACCACCGCUGCCGUCACUGAAGCAUCCGGAGAAGAGGCUACCACCGCUGCCGUCACUGAAGCAUCCGGAGAAGAGGCUACCACCGCUGCCGUCACUGAAGCAUCCGGAGAAGAGGCAACCACUGCCGCUGUGACUGAGGCUUCCGGAGAAGAGGCUACCACCGCUGCCGUCACUGAAGCAUCCGGAGAAGAGGCUACCACCGCUGCCGUCACUGAAGCAUCCGGAGAAGAGGCUACCACCGCUGCCGUCACUGAAGCAUCCGGAGAAGAGGCAACCACUGCCGCUGUGACUGAGGCUUCCGGAGAGGAGACUACGCCUUCCGCUGUGACUGAGGGAUCCGGAGAAGAGGCCGCUGUUUCUUCCACUGCUGUCCCAUCUGAAGCAUCGCAAGACGCUAAGGUUACCGAGGCUUCAGGAGAGGAGACCACAACCGCCGCCGUCACUGAAGCAUCCGGAGAAGAGGCAACCACUGCCGCUGUGACUGAGGCUUCCGGAGAGGAGACUACGCCUUCCGCUGUGACUGAGGGAUCCGGAGAAGAGGCCGCUGUUUCUUCCACUGCUGUCCCAUCUGAAGCAUCGCAAGACGCUAAGAUUACCGAGGCUUCAGGAGAGGAGACCACAACCGCCGCCGUCACUGAAGCAUCCGGAGAAGAGGCAACCACUGCCGCUGUGACUGAGGCUUCCGGAGAGGAGACUACGCCUUCCGCUGUGACUGAGGGAUCCGGAGAAGAGGCCGCUGUUUCUUCCACUGCUGUCCCAUCUGAAGCAUCGCAAGACGCUAAGGUUACCGAGGCUUCAGGAGAGGAGACCACAACCGCCGCCGUCACUGAAGCAUCCGGAGAAGAGGCAACCACUGCCGCUGUGACUGAGGCUUCCGGAGAGGAGACUACGCCUUCCGCUGUGACUGAGGGAUCCGGAGAAGAGGCCGCUGUUUCUUCCACUGCUGUCCCAUCUGAAGCAUCGCAAGACGCUAAGGUUACCGAGGCUUCAGGAGAGGAGACCACAACCGCCGCCGUCACUGAAGCAUCCGGAGAAGAGGCUACCACCGCUGCCGUCACUGAAGCAUCCGGAGAAGAGGCAACCACUGCCGCUGUGACUGAGGCUUCCGGAGAAGAGGCUACCACCGCUGCCGUCACUGAAGCAUCCGGAGAAGAGGCAACCACUGCCGCUGUGACUGAGGCUUCCGGAGAGGAGACUACGCCUUCCGCUGUGACUGAGGGAUCCGGAGAAGAGGCCGCUGUUUCUUCCACUGCUGUCCCAUCUGAAGCAUCGCAAGACGCUAAGGUUACCGAGGCUUCAGGAGAGGAGACCACAACCGCCGCCGUCACUGAAGCAUCCGGAGAAGAGGCUACCACCGCUGCCGUCACUGAAGCAUCCGGAGAAGAGGCUACCACUGCCGCUGUGACUGAGGCUUCCGGAGAAGAGGCAACCACCGCUGCCGUCACUGAAGCAUCCGGAGAAGAGGCUACCACUGCGGCUGUGACUGAGGCUUCCGGAGAAGAGGCCGCGGUUUCUUCCACUGCUGUCCCAUCUGAAGCAUCGCAAGACGCUAAGGUUACCGAGGCUUCAGGAGAGGAGACCACAACUGCCGCCGUCACUGAGGCUUCCGGAGAAGAGGCCGCUGUUUCUUCCACUGCUGUCCCAUCUGAAGCAUCUCAUGACGAUAAGGUUACCGAGGCUUCCGGAGAAGAGGCUACCACCGCCGCCGUCACUGAAGCAUCCGGAGAAGAGGCUACCACUGCCGCUGUGACUGAGGCUUCCGGAGAAGAGGCUACCACCGCUGCCGUCACUGAAGCAUCCGGAGAAGAGGCUACCACUGCGGCUGUGACUGAGGCUUCCGGAGAAGAGGCCGCGGUUUCUUCCACUGCUGUCCCAUCUGAAGCAUCGCAAGACGCUAAGGUUACCGAGGCUUCAGGAGAGGAGACCACAACUGCCGCCGUCACUGAGGCUUCCGGAGAAGAGGCUACCACCGCUGCCGUCACUGAAGCAUCCGGAGAAGACGCUACCACUGCCGCUGUGACUGAGGCUUCCGGAGAAGAGGCCGCUGUUUCUUCCACUGCUGUCCCAUCUGAAGCAUCGCAAGACGCUAAGGUUACCGAGGCUUCAGGAGAGGAGACCACAACCGCCGCCGUCACUGAAGCAUCCGGAGAGAAGACUACCACUGCCGCUGUUACCGAGGCUUCCGGAGAAGAGGCUACCACCGCUGCCGUCACUGAAGCAUCCGGAGAAGAGGCAACCACUGCCGCUGUGACUGAGGCUUCCGGAGAGGAGACUACGCCUUCCGCUGUGACUGAGGGAUCCGGAGAAGAGGCCGCUGUUUCUUCCACUGCUGUCCCAUCUGAAGCAUCGCAAGACGCUAAGGUUACCGAGGCUUCAGGAGAGGAGACCACAACCGCCGCCGUCACUGAAGCAUCCGGAGAGAAGACUACCACUGCCGCUGUUACCGAGGCUUCCGGAGAAGAGGCUACCACCGCUGCCGUCACUGAAGCAUCCGGAGAAGAGGCAACCACUGCCGCUGUGACUGAGGCUUCAGGAGAAGAGGCCGCUGUUUCUUCCACUGCUGUCUCAUCUGGAGCAUCUGAUGACGAUAUGGUUACCGAGGCUUCAGGAGAGGAGACCACAACCGCCGCCGUCACUGAAGCAUCCGGAGAGAAGACUACCACUGCCGCUGUUACCGAGGCUUCCGGAAAGAGGCUACCACCGCUGCCGUCACUGAAGCAUCCGGAGAGGAGACUACCACUGCCGUCGUUACCGAGACUUCUGGAGAAGAGGACGUUGUUUCUUCCACUGCUGUACCAUCUGAAGCAUCCCAUGAUGAUAAGGUCACAGUGACAGAGACUGCUACAGAUGCCACUACCGUGUCUUCUGAAGAUUCUGCUUUCGUUACUGCUGCUGGUGCUGAAAUAGAAAUACCUUCGGAAGCAACAUCAACUACAACUCGCGAUCCAAAUAUUCCGGUCAUAACUCCAAAGCCUUCUGUUACUUCCACACUUUUGGCCACUGAGACUGCUGAAACUGCUGAGUCAUCCACAUCUUCUGCCGAAAAAGUGGCAGAGAAGAAGGUAAUUGGAGAGCAUCAAUCUGGAAAAGAAGAGGCCGCUGUUUCUUCCACUGCUGUCCCAUCUGAAAAGAAGACAGAUGAAGAUGAGGAAAACCUGCCUGCAUUUGUGACUGACAGUGGAAGUCGUGAGGAUGAGUCUACAACACAGCCGGCAUCUACGGCAGAACCAAGUCAAGAAGGAAGCGGUGCUGGAGUAGAAGAUGAGAAUAUCAAGAUGGCGAAGGAGCUCGGAAAGCAGUUCGCUGCCGAUCUAGCAAAGGUCGCUGCGAAGGCAGGCGUCGAUCUUACCAAAACUGCUGAUAUUAAGGAAUCCGGAGAAGUAUCGAAGGUUGAAGAUGAAGAGACGAACAGCACGGUGGCUGCCGCAGAGACCACUACUGUUCUGGAAAAAACUUCCACUACUUCGGCCGAAGAAGAAGACGAUGAUAAGCCAGCGUUUGUGACUGGAGCAUCAACAGAUUCGACCACUGAAGAGUCUACGAUUGAGACCACCACCUCUGCUACCGAAGAAAACACGACAAGUGAAGCGGAGAAGACGACUUCGCCAUCUGAAGAGAGUGCUACAGUUGAAGCGAGUGGAGAAGAGACAGCAAGUGCAUCGGAACAGGGUGAAACCACGGAGUCCAGUGGAGAAAAUGAGUCAUCUUCGGUUUCAACAACAACUGAGUCUGUGGAGGAGGGCAGUGGAGUUACGGCCGCUGAAUCGAAGGACGAGGAAUCAUCAACCACCGAAGCAACUGCUUUGGUCACCGGAAAGUUUUCAGAGACUUCCAGCAGCGACGAAGAUGAAGAGGGCACUGACACGAGUGACUUCCUCACGGGUAUCGACGAAACCAUGUUCAAUAAGGUAAGCGAUCCGAGUUAAACAGUGAUUACAGUGAUCUGAUUGCAGAGUUUGAUCGGAGACACUCACAGAGAAAAUCUGCCGAAUAACGUCGGCUUUGUGCCAUCUUCUGAACCAAAGCCAAAGAGUGAAGACGAAGAAGAGGAGGGAAGCGAAGAAACGAAAGACAACGACUACGAAAACAACGUCUCGAAGAAGGAAAACACAACUGCCGCCCCAACGACCGUCGCUUCCACUGAAGCUGCUUCGGCCGAGCCGACCACUUCAGGAGCCUCUGGCACUACGACGGAACCACCAGUACAACUUGUGAAGGAUCUGAUUGAUGCUCUCGCGGCUGGUGGUCUUGACUUUGUUCUCGGCAGACCCCGUAAGCCGACAUCUCAAGCAGCACAAGAUCUGAUUAAUCGGAAACUCGGUGAGCAUAAUAACCCUCUUACGAUUCAUGUGUCUUCCCAACAACUAACCGAUCACCAUUCUAGGUCCAAUCCAACGAUUACUCCCUCAAGCAAUUGAGAAUAAACACGGUAUGUCCUCGUAUUCUGACUCAUUCUGUUCUAAUAGUCGUUUCUAACCGUCUCUCGUAGUUCUGUUCUCCCGUAUCCCACUAAUGUUUUGAAGAAUGCACCACCGGCAGAGUCCGUUUCAUCGCCUCCGAAAUGGUGGAUCUGAGCCAGCACUUCGAGCGGGACGCCGUCGCGUUUUCUAUUGAGCACUGUGCUCGUAUGUGUUUUGAGACGUCGUGUGUUCGUGCCGCCUUCACCCGGUUUCCUCGUCCUGUGUGUCUGAUGCACUACGCCGAUCAGAAGACUGCCCAUCUCGAAACUAAUUGUACUGAUGUGACACCGACCACCUGGUGGACUUUCACCAAAAUCAACCAAGUUGUCGCCAUUGACUGUGUGACGUGUGGUAUGUUGACACUAAAACAAUUUGAAGUGAAGUUCCAAACACCUAAUUCUGCACUGUGAUUCGUGUGAUAUCAACCAGUUUAGGUCUGAAGCAAAAGUGAUUUAGAAAAACAACGGAGCAGAAUAGAAAUAAGGAGAAGCAUUAGGCUUCCUAAUGCUUUCUUUGAUAAAGUCGUUUCCAGCCGAAGAAAAGAAGGCGCAUGACAUCACCUCGUUCUCCGUUGAUGAACCGUCUACAAGUUCCGAUAAUAUUCCUCUCCAUCAAGGUAAUCGUGUCAUCUAUCGCCCACUCAAUCACUUUUUCUUUCCAGGAGUGAGCUCAAAGUGUGACGGACGGGUGGAGUUCCAGGUCAUUCCGGUGGCCAGUCUCCCCAAACUGAACAUCACGAACGACGUUCCGGCCUCUUCCCCAGCCGACUGCGCUCGCAAAUGUUUCGAAACUGUAUGUUGUCUGGAUCCUUUUGGAAUAGUAACCCGAAUCUUCAGGAGCACUGCAAGACUGCUGGAUUCAUUCCUUCUCCAUCCGGAACCAUUGCCCAAGGAGUGUGUCUCCUGACUUCCGACGACGUCGUCUGCGGGAACCUCGCCGAUUUCGUUCCACAGCACGCGGCCCUGCAUCCAUUUGUCGUCUCUUGCAUCAGAUGCACAUGUACUCAACCCCUCCUGUGUCCAUUUAUAAUUGUUUUCUUCCAGCUUGUCGCUACAACAUCCGUCCAGUGACCCCAACCAGGACGAUGCCGUCAAUGAAGGUGCACGAGAAGACGGAGAAUCUGCAGGAAUGCGCUAAACUGUGCGCUGAUAUGAAAUGCACAAUGGCUAAAUACGAGAACAACACGAAGAUUGUGAGUGAUCCCCUAAUCGAGGUGUUCGUAAAACGUCUUCUUUUCAGUGCUCAAUGACCCGCGAGCCAGUGACCGAAGAGACGUGUCCUCAGGAAGUGGCCACUCAGAUCCACGACUCGCUGCUUCCAGUCAGUCUGGAGUGCGUCAAAUGCGCCGAUAAUUAACGAACUCUUUCUCAAGUUUUCACUCCCAAAUCAGGUCGUUUCCCAUACUUUGUAAUCUCUUCCAACAAGACAUCCAUCCCCAAUUAGCCAUGAUGUCAUCCCCAUUAUCAUUAUCAUUCUUUAAAAACCGCCCGUUUGCUCAUAUCUACCGUAUUCCCUGCCGUUUUUCAACCGAAACGUGUAGAUAACCGCUAGUUCCCUGUGUCUCUCCGCCCGUAAUAUUGUUCCCUUCCCACUGUUGUUUCGUUCUUCAUUUUCGCCCCGUUUUCACUUCGAAAUGGCCCAUGUCUACCGGUGUCCAUGAACGUUGCCUUCGUUUCUCCGAUGAUCAUUUCUUCACAGCUGGUUAUUUUGUUUGUUCACUUUUUCUUCAUCAACACAGAGAUUGUAUAUUUGCUUCACAUUUUAUAUGAAAGGUUUUUAAAAAUGUUCACACAAGCUAAUGCAUUCGGAGCAUGACCUUACAAAGAAGAGACUCAAGGAGCGGAGUGCAUUCCUUCAUGUCUUCGAGAACGUUCCGAGAUAAUGAAAUUGUUCGUUUGGGUGCAGGUCAAUUGUGUCACCGCUUUCUCGUCCUUUUCGAGCCGAUCACUUUGUAGAAAUGAGUGUGUCUAAGACGCAUUAGUCGAGCCGGCAACAUGGCAUUGAACAGGCCCCCGCAGAACAUGCCGGCGUGGAGAGGCGCACCCGAAAACUCUCUCUUCAUGAAGGAAGCCCCUCCGUGUUCCGCACUCUCCCUGGCGCAUCGAGUGGUUGUGCCGCGGGGCCGGUCAGUUUGUUCGCCAAUGUGCAUACAAAUGCGCGCGUCGUCGCGACGCCCAGAUUAUCUUUUUGUGCCUCCUGCGAAGCCCGUUUCUCGGAUGACGAAGAACAGAACGGCCAUGUUUCUUUCUGAUCGACGGUGCUGAUGAUGAAUGUUUGCGGAGGGGGAGGAGAGUAAGUGAGCGGUAGCGAGAAAAAAGUUACCGAAGAAAGGCGAUAUCUCGAGCAUCGGAGCCACUCUGUCUGCCCAUCCGACUGACUGCUCUUUCAAACUAUGGUUUCUCUUUCAAACUGUGGUUUCUCUUUCAAACUGUGGUUUUCAUUGCUUUUCAGAGUAAUUCGGACCCUGUCGCCACGCAUUCUUUUUUAGAUUCUGAAUCUCUGCAUCAUUCUUAGUGUAGACCAGAACAAUUCGAUCUCUCAAAGAAGAAAAGAAAAGCGAAACUCCCUGAGAAGUCAUUAGUCAUUCGGAAUCGGAGCUCCAGCUUCUUCUCCGACUGUUUGCCCACCACGUACAGUACGCAGCCUGAAGCGCGGAAAGGAGAGACCAAGAAGAUGAUCGAGACUCAGACACGCUAGUUAUACGUCCGCCUACCUGUCCGCCGGGCUUGCGGAGAAGAGCAUCGCACACUAGCGCUCGCCCCCACGAGCAGUCAGAGCAUCGAUCGAUCGGCUCUGAUGCUCCGGAAGGACACACCCUGGGGCAACAGAUCAUGACUCAUUCGGUGUGUUCUCUUUGCAUUCCCGAGUUUCUCUGCACUUCAGUUUUGUAACCAAUCGGUUCUUCAUCCUCAUUCUUGUUCUUGCUUAUUUCAUAUUCCCAACUAAUUUUGAGCGGGUUUCAUCUAAUCGUUUCGUUCAUUUUCCGUUCUUUCAAAUCUUUGUGCUUUGAACAAUUAAGAAACUUGUCUUCCCUUAAAAUAUAAGAGAACUUCCCAAUUCAGAAACCAGAAAACGAACCACCAGCGAAAAUUCCGGCGCGAACCGACAUGUCCGUGCCACCUUCGAGGGCACACUCCGAGGUGAGAACUUUGCAAAUGCUGAAGACAAAACUGAAACUGAAGAGCUUGCAGGUGUUCUCGGCGAGCCAGUACGGCGGCGUGACAACCGUUCCUCCUCCACGACCCCGUUCCUACAUCAACUAUUUUAUUUUCCCUUCCGCAGUCCUCCACGUCGUCGGAAUUGCGUGUCUCGCCGCUCUCUGGUACUACUUGAGGUAAUCUCUCCUUCCUCGAUCACUUUGACAGUUCCUUAUUGCUCCAUCGAGUGACAGAUUAGUACGGCAAAUAGCCAGUACGUGUUUGCUCGCCCGGCCAACGGAUAAAUUACUUGAGUCUUUACGGUGCGCACGCGCGAGCCAACUGAUUGCGGGGCCAAAGUGUUUGUCGCAAGCCGAGAAACGGUGUAAAACAACGGUCGGGUGCGGUCAGGAAAGCUGUGCAAACACAAUACUUUGACCAUUUUGGAAGCUUUUCGCUUUCCCAGGGAGAAGAAGAAGCGCUGCUUUUUGUUGCCUAAAACAGGGCAAUCGGCAGAGUGUUUUCGGUAGAAACAUUCUAACGCAAACGAGUGUUUUCUAAAUAAGAAAUGAAUUGCUCCGCGUUUUAAUAAAAAGAUCGUUGUAGAGAUCUUAUUCGAAUGCAAAAACAAGUACUCAAACUUGCAAGGCAAAGGCACCAUCAAGCUUGCAUUACAGUUUUGUUAAUAGCCCACAAACGUUGUUUUACUGAGAAUUUUUACAAAGCUCAAUUACUAUUUAACUGACUUCUUCUUCAAUUACUAUUUAACUGACUUCUUUUUCUCGGAAAAUCGGAAAAUUUCGGAAAAUCGAAAUAUUUUCCGCACACCCCUGAUUCUCACUGACAAUCGGAAAACACUGGACCCGGAGAGCUUCUCUCGGCUAAUUUUUUUGCAAAAAAAUAUUCCAUUGCUUGGCUUCCGCCCACUCAAGUGAUUUCAAAUCAUAAUAAGCAUUUUUUUUGUAUUAGAACGUUGUUUAAACACUUUAUUGAACCAAUGAACAAGUGAGUUUUCCGAUUUUUCCGAUUUUUCCGAAAUUUUCCGAAAAAAAAAAUUCGGAAAAUCCGAUUUUCCGAAAUUUUCCGAAAAAAAUUUUCCGCACACCCCUGGACGCGACCUCGAGUGGGCGGAGUUGACUACCACGCAAAAGAUAGCCGGCGGCGGAACCCGCGAGGUGUCGGCUGCGCCCACAGGCCACACCGCGCGUGGCUUUCUCACGCGCAAAGCCAAUGAUUACCAAAAAUACCAAAUGUUUGAGUGAUUGUUUGUGAUCAGAUUUGUCACUAUCGCUGAGGCUUUUCAUAAAACUGAAUUUUUGGAAGACACACUAUGAUAAAAAUGUUAGAAUUCAAUAGAAGACGGUUGUUUUCAGAUUCACAAGCGUGUUCCCAUACCAUCACCGAGUAUUCUACUGCCGAGACGUUCAUCUUUACAAGCCAAACUUCGUGCCUGAAGACUUCAAUGUCUACGUGUCCUAUCCACUGCUCUACACGCUCGCUUUCACGAUUCCUCCGCUCGUCAUCCUCAUCGGAGAAGUGAUGUUCUGGCUGUUCAGUACCAAACCGCGUAAGAUUGUCUAUGCGAACUGCGGAGAGUGUCCAGUUCAUCUGUUCACCCGAAGACUCUUCCGUUUCGUCAUCAUCUACUUGGCCGGUCUUCUGAUCGUUCAGAUUUUCGUGGACACCAUCAAAUUGAUGACUGGAUAUCAGAGACCGUACUUCCUUUCUCUUUGCAAUGUCUCCAUAACGUAAGACAUCAAACUGAUUGAAAAUUGUAUAAAUCUAACUUCCAGGGCUUGCACGGCGCCUCUGGAGCACUCUCCUUCUCCGUCUCCGCAUCUUGCUUGCAACUACAGGUACGCUGUCUCUCUACCAGUUCAUAGGAACGUUUUCGUUUAUUUUCAGAGGUGCCGAUGAGCUCCGUUACGCGUGGCUGACAUUCCCGUCUCUCCACGCCGUCGUCUCCUCGUACGCCGCCUGCUUUGCCUCCGUAAGUCCACUCCGUCCUCAUCCCAACUCACCCCAUCUCCUUUGUAGCUCUACAUCUACUACAUGAUCAACCUGCGUGGAGCUCCUCUCCUCCGUCCUCUCCUCAUUUUCGGUUUCAUCGGUCUCUGCAUCGUCGACUCGUUCUCCCGCAUCAACGGGUACAAGAACCAUUGGCGGGACAUCUGGGUCGCCUGGGUCAUCGGAGUCUUCAUGGCCUGGUUCCUGGUCCGUUUUCUCUCUUUUCUCUUCCGAAUCGCAUUCGUUUCCAGUGCUACUGCGUUCUCUGCUUCCAAGAAGUCUACCACCUGACUGUCGAACGUACUCCGAUUGUUCAAGAGGAACGAGUCUCUCCGUUCUUUAGCUGGUUCCGACUGCCACGCGUUCAAGCUCCGUCCGUCAAGGAGGAAUACGUGUAAGUCAUUGUCACGUUUAGUCACCGAUCCCUAACCAUUAUUCUCAGUGUGUACGAAGAAGACGUCGAGCGGGCGGACGGAACAAUGCCACGUCACCGUCGCAACCGGGAUCGUCAGUACGAGGUGACGACGACGACAGAGUCCUUCCAUCGGACGAUCAGCCCGCCCCAACAGACUCAGCAGAACGGCGGUUAUCAGUACUAG